CGUCCUGCUUUAUUUUUCUGUUGGAAUUAUACUCAUGACUGAACCCAAAACAGAACCCGGCCUUUAGAGAUGCACACGUAUGAAUCCUAAAAACUGCUGUCACUACACUGAGUCAUCGUUGUUACUGAGAAAGCCUGGUCAAAAGUUUGCUUCCCUGUUGGAGAACUAUAUGUUUAUUUGCACUUAAAGUAUUUUUCACUGAACAAACAAGUCACACAUCAUCUCGGCUUAACUUCCAUUCAUACAAAGGGUGUGUGGUCAGCGGCCUUCUUUUCAGCUGCAGGAAUACGAACAAAAUGACACCUCCUUUUAUACAGCCCGUUCAAGGCGGGAACUUUGGGUCAAUAUUACAGUUUGCCGUUCUGUAUAAAACAUACUAACACAGAAUUGUUUUUCUGCUGCAGACAGUGGAGAGCUGUUAUCAACACUGGUGCUAAAUGGGGACACAUCACGCCACUUUUGCUUCUGGAACGCAGGCAUGCUAAAAUCACAGCAGCAUAAUGCCACCGCUGUUGGGUUCACUGUAAAAAAAAGCAAAACCGCCCUAACGAUUUCUUAUUGUAGGAAGUGACUUAUACACAAUUUACACAAUACCAUUUUGUCCUACAACCAAAAUAUGGAUGAUAGCUGAGUUCAAACAUAGCGUCCGUAGCCCCUUAGAGACAUGCACGUGUUACUUAAAUGUUAUAGGAAUUUUUACAUGUUGCGCUGAGUCACUUAACGUGAAAGUCAUAACGACAAUUUGGUUUUCACACACUUAAGUUUUGUAAUUCUCCUUUACUUUCAGUCUGCAUGCGCAAAAUUACGUGCUUUUUAUUCAGAAAAUACAAUUAACUCAAUCUAACUUUCUAAUUGUUUGUUUGUUGUGUUUCUGCUGUUCACAUUUGAUUCAGCUUAAACGCACAGUAUGUAAUUUCUGCCGCUAGGGGUCUCCCACAUCAAAACAAAAAACAAAAGACGUAGUUUGAUGACAUCGUGAAGUUGCGUGAGAUCAUGGGGGUCUUCAUUGUUAAUCAACCACCAUUGCAGAUGAAAAUCUAUCUGACCUGACUCAGGCCAUGGGUUUCUUUAAAGGCAUGUCUUUCCCGCUGGCCAGCAUCACCGUCUACAACUCAGUGGUGUUUGGCUUCUUCAGUAACACACAGAGACUUAUAAGCAAGUAUCGUUAUGGCGAUGGGCGGCAUCCCUGUGGCAUGCUGGACCUGACUGUGGCCAGCAUGCUGACUGGACUGGUAUCAGUGGGCCUGGGAGCCCCGGUGGAUCUGGUGAAGAUCAGACUGCAAUUGCAGACUCAGACGGUUCUAGCAGAGAACGUGCACCUUGCUGGCAACGUAUCGAGCUGCACCAACAUCCCUCUGCGCUCCGUCGACAUCCAUAGCCAGAGACUCUACCGAGGUCCCAUCCAUUGCAUCAUUAGCAUCCUGCAGACCGAGGGCCUGCAGGGCCUGUACAGGGGAGCCGGGGCCAUGAUCCUGAGGGACGUUCCUGGAUACAUGCUCUACUUCAUCCCUUACACCAUCUUCUGCGACCUGCUGAAGCCAGACGCCACGUCAAGCCCUCAUCCGUGUUUCAUCGGGCUGGCUGGAGGACUAGCAGGGUCCAUUUCCUGGGUCACGGCCACGCCAGCUGAUGUGGUGAAGAGUCGAAUGCAGGCGGACGCUCAGCCGCAGAGGAAGUACAGGGGAAUUUUACACUGCAUCAUCCUCAGCUACAAGACAGAGGGCGCUCAGGUUUUCUUCCGCGGAGCGUCAGUAAAUGCCAUCAGAGGCUUCCCGAUGAGCGCCACCAUGUUCCUGACCUACGAACUCUCCCUGCAGUUCUUCAGGGGUCUCUAGGACAAAAGGAAACAUGUUGGUGGUAAAAGAAAUCCCACUCCGAUUUUUGGCAAUUGAGUGCACAGCAAACAGACCUCAGUUUCUUUGUGGCAAGAGAUUGGUUGCAGUUUAUUGUAGCUGUGGGUCAGCUGCUUCUGAGCUGAUGCAAAAACACUGAACACACCACGGCUACGGCGGAGCGGUUGGAGACGAUUGUGGCCGUUUGACAAUGCUUGUGAUUCCACCAUACAGAAAAUGCAUCUAUUUUUGACAGAGGUCCUAUCUUUACAAUUAAGACAGACAAAGAAAGAAACCAGUUAACUACGUAGCCCAUUUACCCAUGGUACAAGCACAAAAAUCAAGGAAAAAUUAUCAAAAUCAACUAAAUCUGAGAAAGUGGGAAAAACCAGGCAGACAAAAUGCUCCACUCCUGAAACGCUUCCUGUGAGGGAUGAAGCCUUGCAGAGGACUAAACAAACCAGGAAAAAAAUGGCGCGUCUAAUAAACAGGCUACACGAUUGUCAAGCUAUCAGGUGUGAGAGUAAUGGGAACGUACCAGUCCUUUGGAGAUGUACAUCUACGGAAAUACAACUUAUUGAGAUUGUUUAAUUAUAGCUGAGCUGAAUUGUUUCAAAUCAAAUGACAAGUCUUUACUGCAGUUGUCCAUCAGAGUAAUGUUACGGGAUGAUGCAUAGCAAAUGCAUAUUGGCAUUCUGACUUCCCCUUUUAGAUUCCACAGCUUGCACAAUGAAUUCAGGGUGUAGCCAGAGAGGAUAUGAAUCAUGUGUUUUCAUAGCCACGAGAUUGCCUAUCCUUAAAUCUUUUCCCUAAAUUAACCCGUUCUGUAAAUGACGAGACAGCAACUGGCCUGUCAUGGCUAAAAAAAAUACCCUCUGAGCAGGUACAAUAACGGUUUUCUGUGGUGCUGGUUAGAAUAAUCUGCAAGAGCGCCGGUAAAUGGGAGUUCAGCAUAGCAAUGUCAACGGCGUAGCAACUCUCGGUACAAUGCGUCAUAGCUGAUACUAGUCGCAGUAUUAGAUCGUGCAACAGGGAUGCUAUUUUUUCCCCCCACAAAGAUAGACAUCUCUAAGCCCGGCGUGCAGACAGCCCCACAGCCUUUGAACGCUUCGCUGUGAAGUAAUGAAAUAUUGUAGCGCCGAGAUAUAUACUGACCAAAUUGUCACACAAAGAUUGUUUGAUCAAAGAUGUUUUAAACUAGCACUUUUAGUUUUGGAUGGUUGUCCUGUUAAAAGGUUCGGUGUGUGAUAUUUAGGAGGAUCUAUUGACAGAAAUGCAAUAUAAUAUCCAUAACUAUGUUUUCAGAAAGACCUUACAUAGUGAAGUGUUUUCUAUCUACAUAUCAUACACCGCGGGUCCCCUUUACAUGGAAGUCGCCAUGUUUCUACAGUAGCCCAAAUGGACAAACUGUUCUACAGAGUACGUGUCACUAUGUUGACUAAAUACAAAGAAGAAGAAGUUGUUGUUGUAGUUGUCUGGUUUAGAAGACGCAGGAGUAAAAAAGAAGUAAAAUGUAUUAAUAAUUAUUUAGCACAAUUAUUUAGCAGACAGAAUGUCUUCUGCCACCGUAGUUUCUCCUACACGCUUGGACAGUGAGGGGUGAGCAGCGACUCAGCCGCUGGUUGCAAUUCACUACCCUCACCACUAGAGGCCACUAAAAUUUACACACUGAACCUUUUUAUAAACUAAGAAUUAGGACACCAAAGUCAUCCAUGUGUUCCUGGACGGAGCCUCGACGGCAGUGCUGCGCUCUUAUGUGGUGUGUUAAGCUACUACAGGUCUAAAGUGGGGGAUUUGAGUCCGAGGCUGGACUCGAUUAAUGCCAACGUGUUACCCAUCACUGCUUUUUGACAGUACAUUUUGUGCCAACACUUAACCAUAUGCCGAACGAUGGUUCCUAACUGGCAUGAGAAAACUGCAUGUUCAAUUCCAUAGUCUGAUUUUGCCGUCAAGCCAAUAUUGCUCUGUACGUAAAGCUACAUGGUUAUUUAAAUGGCAUAAAGUCCUGGAUAGAAACUACAUCAGCCCCUUUAGUAUCUCUGGGUGUUCGGUGGCUAUUAAAAUGACUGAAUGAUGUUCAUAAGAUAAUCUAUAAAGUGACAUUAAUGUUGAUGAAACAUAACAUAGCAGUAGUUGUCAAAUAUAUGCUGACAUGGGAAAUUCUAAAAUAUUAGUAUAACAAAGCUAACUUGCACAUAGAUGCUAACUUGCACUAAAAGCACAUGGAUGAUUUUGGUUUUUAGCAUUCUCAUUAUUUAAAUGGAGGAGUUGAGUAUUUCUAAUACCAAAGAACUCUGUGUUGCUCCCGAGGUAGGUUAUGUUGUGAGUUUGGGAUCAGUCUAUCCUGUAACAGAACUUUACUUUGACAAAGACACGUGGAAGAAACCAUUAUAGUUCUGUGUGACCCUGAGAGAAAUAAGUAACACUAUAAUAUUUUGUUAUUACACAUUAUUAAAAAAAGUGUAUUGAUUUUUCUCGAAAGCAUUCUAAAACCAGAGGGGUGGAUGGUUUUUUUGUUUAGUAUUUUAUAGAAAUUGAAUUGAUUCAGUUUAAUAAAACUUUAUUUAUCCCUGUGAGGGCAAUUGCAAUAUGAAGUCUAAAAGAAAUUGUUUUACCCGAGACGUCUCGUGACCUGCAAAUCACCAAAUCAAUGUUGGUCAUCAUGUGGUCUAUGUAGAGUCAAUUAUCAGUAAGAAGGGAGCUUUGCACUUUGAUCUGAGCAAGAUGAAGUAGUCUAAAUGUAACAUUUGUAUUGCUUUUAGUCUUAGUUUGCUCUCAGUCUUUAGGUUGUUUCAGUUUUGUUUUGAUUUACGUUCCGCUGUAUUUUUGCUUGUUUGCACCUGAUCAGAAUGAUCAAACUUAAAUGACGUUGAUACAUUUCAGUUUUUUGGAUUUUGUUUUUCCAUUUGCAGUGAAUCAACUGCUCUUAUGUUGUAUUGAAAAUCAUUAUGAAGCAUUGAAAAUGACAUUAAUUCACAACAUGAAUUGUCGCUUUCAGGUGCACAUGGACUGUGUGUGCUUCCGUCUGCUUGUACAUAAUGUUUGUUUCUUAUAUUAAGAAGAGUUCAUUCUAAAUUCACAUUAAUCUUCUUCCCAUUAUACGAUUAAAAUUCAUGAAUUCAGAUACACAGGAAGCUUUGCAGCAAAAUCUCAAUGUUGCUGUAUAAAGUCACUAACUGUUAAAUUUAUAGUCAAUGAUGCACAAAAGUAGUUUCAUUCUAAAAUGAAGAAAUCCUCAAUGAAAAAUAUCUUCCAAUGGUUUAAAAAAAACAACAUUUUGCAUUCACAUUUAAUCUGUUAAAACUUUCCUGCAGACCCUAACUUGUGUCAUAAACUAACACUUAUUGGAUAUUUCACAUUUUGGAGGGAAUGUCUUUAAAGAAAUGCAUUUGCCUGCCUUGUAGUUAUAUUUUAAAUAAAUUUCUUAUCAUGUAAAUAUGUUAACUGCCAUUCCAGAUGGUGGAGAGCCAGAAGUGUCUUACUGUAAAUAAAGAAAGCUUUUAAAACGCA